CCUUCCCCUCCUCUCCCUGCACACCCACCUCUCGUGGUCCAGUCCUGGUACCCUAUUUAAUUCCCUCUACUGCUGCAUCACAUCUUGCUUGACACUAGUUCAGUUGUUAUCCUAAUAGGGGAGAUACCCCCUCCCCUUGAUUCUCCAGCCUGCUUGGAAUUAUAACAGCCCCUUUUGUAUUAUUCUCCUUUUCUAAAUGUAUUGUUUGCAUUCUCCUAGGAGAAGCUUGAAGAUUAUUCUCCUUAUUUAAUCUCCCCCUGGCUCAUAACGCAAAGACCCCAAGAUACUUCGUCAUUAAGCAGGAAGGAUAAUAUCGGGGGAUUUUGGUGUAUCCAUCAUGUAUCUGACAACGAUCCUUCUCUUAGCCCUUUCUGGCUUUACAGGGGCUAACCUCUCCCUUCAUGACCCCCAUCAGCCAGUCACAUCUGAUGAGGUGGCUCUGACAGGAAGUACAGCAACCCUAAAAUGUACAGUAGAAAAUCACGCAGAGUCUUCCUUGCAGUGGUCAAAUCCAGCUCAGCAGACUCUUUACUUUGGGGAUAAAAGAGCUCUAAGAGACAGCAGAAUCCAGUUGGUGAGCUCUACUGCCAACGAGCUGACCAUUAGUAUUAGCAAUGUGGCAUUGUCAGAUGAAGGAGAGUACACAUGUUCCAUCUUCACCAUGCCUGUGAGGAUUGCCAAGGCCAUGAUAACAGUUCUAGGAGUCCCUCAAAAACCACAGAUAUUUGGCUUUGAAACACCUUUUAAAGAGGAUCAAAAAGCAAAACUGACAUGCAAGACAUUCGGAAGUAAACCUGCUGCCAAUUUUAGAUGGUACAAAGGAUUGGAAGAGCUACAUGGAGCUAAAACCAAUGCAUUUCCAGACACAAACAGCAAAACUUUCAAUGUCACCAGUGUCAUUGAGUUUCAAAUAAACAAAGAAGAUGAUGGAGGGGAGAUCACCUGCACAGUUGGCCACGAUUCUCAACCAGACUCUGUAAUGUCAACCAGCCAUAAGAUUCAAGUCCUCUACAAACCCUCUGCAAAAAUCGAGUCGUGGCCCAAUAUGCCAAGAGAGGGCGAGGAACUGAGACUCCAGUGCGAUGGAUAUGGAAACCCUGCGCCUCAUGAAUAUAACUGGCAGCGGGAGAAUACAGGACUUCCUUUAUCAACCCAAGUCAGAGGAAACACUUUAUUGUUCCAAAAUUUGAACAAAAGUGACAGCGGCACCUAUGUAUGCGAAGCUGUGAAUGCAAUGGGAAAAGUUAGCACCAUCUAUAAGUUGGACGUUAACGAUGCACUACCAUUGCCUCAAGACCCAAGUCCAAUCCCUUCUACUUCAAGCAUCGACCAUGCGGUCAUUGGAGGAGUAGUUGCGGUGAUAGCCUUUAUCCUCUUCUGCUUGCUCAUUGUCCUUGGACGCUACCUAAUCAGACACAAAGGUACUUACCUUACUCAUGAGGCCAAGGGUUCAGAUGAUGCUCCAGAUGCCGACACAGCCAUUAUCAAUGCAGAAGGAGGACAGGGUGGUUCCGAUGACAAAAAGGAAUAUUUCAUCUAGCCUCAAGCUCCCCAGUAAGGAACAUAUAUCAACGGCUAAAAGAUCAACACGAAUAAAACAGCAUUGGCAGAACAAAUUCAAAACAACAUUCGGAAAACGUGAUACGCACAGAUGGCUCUCUCUAACCAAGCGAGGAUGACAAAAAGACACAGAGAAAAAUUCAGAGAGAGAGAGAAAGAGAGAAUGGACACAGAGAUCAUGCUUCUUAAAUGAACUUGUACAAACAUUAUUACUUAAAACUUUUAAAACAAUUUAAAAAAUUGCUUGCUUAAAUCUACAUAUCUUCAGUGAACGCACUAAUCUAACAAACAAAUAAUAAUCGUGAGUUAAAAUAUUUUUUGUUUAUUUUCUUUUUAAAUGUGUACAGAGUUUUACGUUUUUAUUUUUUAUUUUGGAAUGUUGGGAGAAAAGGACAAAAUAUAUUUAAAUACUGUAUAACUAGAGUUUUGUUUGCCAGAGUAGAUUUUUUGAGGGGGGGGGGUGACUUAUCCCUUUGUUUUUGUUUUGGUUUUUUUUGGUAGCAUCUUGUUCAUAGGACGUCAUAAUUAAAAUUUCCGUUAGAGCUCUACAAUGCCAUUAUUAAGUAUUGAGGCAAAUUUUAAAGUUAGUGGCUUAAGGUGUUUAAAAACAUCGUUAGUAGGGAGUGUGUAAAAAGGGAUAGCUUACCCUUGUGGGGUGAAAUGCUAGCCCACACACAGGAUUCUGGGAGUGACAUGUGAGUGACGCAUUCUAUCAACUAACCCACUCUAAUAUUGAGAGGUCAAUUGCCCUAACCAAGUUUGCUUGCAUUAAAUCAGGGUCUCAGUUCAGAACAAAUAAGAAGAGAUUACAUUUGACUGUUGUGGAGAUAUUUAAAAUGAGAUUUUUGACAAAAAAAAUGCAUCUCCCAGUUUCUCUGAUCCCUAGGGAUAUAGAUAAAUACAAUGUUCCUCUAAUGUAGGUAAAUCUUUUAAUGGUGGAAAUGAGAACAUUCUGAAAUCAAACAAACUGCUUCAUAGAACAAAGGAUCAAAUGCAGGAUGGAACAUUUUAAUUAACUGGAAAUCACAUUUGUAGUUUUUUCUUCUGUUGGUUAUGAAACUCUUAUGGGGUAAAAUUGGGGAAGAGCUAUGGAUUUUGUAAUUAAGCUCUCACUGGCAUAUUGCACUUGCCAGUGUAUGCAAAUUUAUGGCUUAGCACUGCUUAGUGAAUGUGGGCCAAAGAGUCACACGAUUGACUAUGUCAUCCAUCUAACAGAGAUAAUGAUAUUAACCAAUAAAUCUCUAUAUUAUGUCAUACUCUGUA